AUGGGCAACUAUUUGGAACUUCUCAACUUCUCCGGUUACGACGGGUACGACGGAUACGACGGUUACAACGCGUCGUCUGACUGGUGCGAGGCCGGCGAGCACGAGCUCACCAUCAAGAUGUUCCAGACUUGCCUCUUCUGCCUUGUCUUUGUGUUGGGCGUGGUCGGGAACUCCCUGGUCAUCGCCACCUUUGCGCACUACCGCCGCCUGCGGCUCCGCUCCGUGACGGACGUCUUCCUGUUCCACCUGGCACUGGCCGACCUCCUCCUGCUGCUCACGCUCCCCCUGCAGGCCGCGGACACUCACUUCGGCUGGAUCUUCUCCGUCCCGCUCUGCAAGGUCACACGCGCCUGCUACGCCAUCAACACGUACAGCGGGCUGCUGCUGCUCGCCUGCAUCAGUGUCGACCGCUACAUGGUGGUGGCGCGGGCGCAGGUCAUGCUCAGGCUGCGGAGUCAGAUUCUCAGGGCCGGGAAGAUGGCCGCCAUUGGCGUGUGGGUCAUCGCGGUUCUCCUCAGCCUCCCCGAGAUCCUCUUCUCCGGCGUGUCCGAGCCCACGGACGGCGAAACGGGGCAGUAUUACUGCGGCAUGCUCAAGAGCGGGGCGGUGAAAAUGGCCACCAACGCCGCCAUCAUCGCCGUGGUCUGCGUGUCCUUCCUCGUCAUGGUCACCAGCUACUCGUUGAUCGGCAAAGUGCUGUGCGAGGGACACGCCCACCGGCGAGGGAAGAGCUGGAGCCGCCAGCGCACGCUGAAGCUGAUGGUGGCGCUGGUGCUGGUGUUCGUGGCGUUCCAGCUGCCGUACACCGCGGUGCUGUCCCGCAAGAUAGCGGGCCAGUUCUGCGGCCUCCUGCUGGAGUAUGUCACCUGCACGCUGGCAUACGCGCGCUGCUGCCUCAACCCCGUGCUCUACGCGCUGGUGGGCGUGCGCUUCCGCAGCGACGUGCUGCGGCUGGCGCGGGACUCGGGCUGCUGCGUGCGCAGGCUCCAGCUGUCGAGUGCAGGCUCCACCUCUGCGUCACCCUCGUCGCCCGCUCUCACCGCGCUGGCGUGUUCACCGACAAAGCUGGAACACAGCUGCUACAGCAACGAGGCCGCGGUGCCGGCCAUGUUCCAGUUUCCAGGAACCAAAUAACACUUUGGUUCAUGACCCGGUCAGAACAAGGACU